AUGAGGACAUUCUGUGGCCGACCUGAUAAUAGGCAGGAGAAACGUGAUCCAGAGCAAACUGAGGCAUGGAUUCUCGGUAGCGGAAUAUCAGCCCUGGCAUCAGCAUUCUAUCUCGUCGUGAACGCAAAAGUACCGCCUGGCCAAGUGCAUAUUCUGGAUUCUCAUACCUCAUUACUGGACGCCAUACACCAAAGAGGCGAUCCUGUUCGUGGGUAUGAUCAGUUUGCUGGGUGCCUGCCCGUUCCAGUUGGGCCACCUUUAGAAAAGCUUCUCGCCUCAAUUCCAUCCACCUGGGGGCAAGGAAAGUCGGUUCUCGACGAGAUCCGAUCCCAGUCAGCAAUUCGAACAGCACUGUCACACAGUCACCGAGCAUCCUUUAUGGUUCAGAGAGGAGGGAAGCUACGGACUGUGCCCACAGCCUCCCUCAAUUUAAGCUUCAGACACCGGAUACAAUUACUGUGCUUCUUGCUGAAAAGUGAAAGGCAGCUCAGGAGAAAUGCGAUUAAGGAUUACUUUGAUGCAAGCUUCUUUCACAGCAUCUUUUGGGCAGUCUGGUCCGCCCAAUUCUGUUUUCAGCCCUGGCACAGCGCCCUUGAACUCAAACGUUCUCUCCUGCAAUAUUUCCAUGAUCAUCGCAGUUUGAGCCUUUUAACUUGUUUAGAUAUCACCGGGUACUAUCAGCAUGAGUCGAUUUUUCUGCCAAUCUUUCUCUAUCUCCGGAGCAUUCAUGUUGACUAUCAAUUCAAUACCAAGGUGGAAAACAUUGUGACACAUAGCGAUGAUCGACAGCAGCAGUCAAUCACCCGACUGGAGAUCGUGCAGAAUGGAAAUCACUUGGCCAAGAAUUUGGGGAGGGAUGAUAUUAUCCUCAUGACAGUAGGGUCGUCUGUCUCCGAAUCCAUCGCAGGCACGAAUGAUCAUCCGCCCGUCUGGAAUUUACUGGAACUGGGAGAGCCUCUCGAUGAGAAUUGGUCCCUGUGGCUAGCACUGCGAAACAGCGAUGCCCGAUUUGGGGACCCUUAUCAAUUCUGCACUCGCGAAUCCGAGUCUCUGCUCGAGUCCUUCACCAUCACGACUGGGGACGCGAUUUUUUUCCAGCACCUCUGGUCCUUGUCAGACCAUCAAUCUGAGGCGGGCAUUUUUAUCUCUCUCCAGGAAAGUCAGUGGAGGAUGAAUAUCUGUGUUCCAAUGCAACCCGUCUUCUCUGACCAGCCACCAAGUGUGCGUGUCAUCUGGGGCUUUGCUACCUUACCCGCCCGGAAAGGGGACUAUGUGAAGAAACCGAUGCUUCAAUGUUCCGGCCAAGAGAUUUUGGCUGAAAUGCUAUGGCAGCUGAACAUACGGCGCCCACCAGAUCGACAAAGUACCGUGACAAUCCCGCGACUGAUGCCGCGAAUGAGCGCAUCCUUACUGGCUCGUGCCCAGAACGACCGUCCUGAGAUCCUACCAAGGGGCACUUGCGACAUCGGCCUAGUCGGCCAGUUUGUGGAGAUCCCACAUAUCAGCUCCGUAGAUGUGAGCUACAGUGUACGUUCAGCAGAGAUAGCCGUCUCUAGACUCAUGGGAGUUGAGGUUGGUCAGGGUCUCUCCUGUAGAUUAUCAUUCUCUGCACUAUUCCUUGGUUCUUUCCUUUGUUUCUGA